GCCCGAGUGCGCGCGCGCACAUUUGUGCGCAGGUUCGAAUCUCCGCCGCUUCGCGGUUGCUGCCCAACGUCCGGGCCGCACCUCUGAGGCGGCUAAGGCCGCGCAAGAGGGCGACACUCUACUCUACCCGGGCAGCCCCGCCCCCUUCCCCUCGCCACCUUCCAGACGCAGCAUAAUCCGGUCGGCCUUGCCCUCUCUCGCGCGUCCCGCGCUCCGCCCUGCGACUAUCGGGGCUGGGUCCCGCGCCCGGCCGUCUCCGCCCGAACCCUUAGGCCCAUGGCCAAGCGGCGUGCGGCUGAGCCUCUGACGUUCCACGUGCCUUGGAAGCGGCUCCUGCUCUGCGACUUCACGGAGGAGCCGCCGCCGCCGUCGCCGAUUUGGAUCCCGCCGUCGGGGCCCUCGCAUUCUGGGCUACCGCGAAAGCGCAAAAUCGACGCAGGGGCCAUGUCAGAGCCUUCGGCUUCGCCCAGCAAGCGCCGCGACAGCGGGGACAGCAGCGCCCCGAGCGGCGGGGAGCGUGAGGGCCGCGGCCUGGAGACGGGGGAGCCACCGCUGCCGCUGCUGCCGGGAGGGCCCCGGGGGCCAGGGGAGGAGCCCCGGGACGUCCAGCCCCCGGGGGGCGGUGGUGACGACGGGGCGGGGCGCACAGGGUCCCCGCGGGAAGACUGGGGGGCCACACCGCUCCAGCACAAUGAAGAAUUUUGGCAGUAUAAUACUUUCCAGUACUGGAGAAAUCCUUUACCACCUAUUGAUCUGUCAGACAUCGAAGAUGUGAGUGAAAACAACCAGACAGAAGCAACACUUGAGGGCAAGAAUGAAGUGGUUGAGAUUGACAUGGAGUCCUGACAUAAAGAGCUGAAGAAAUGGGAUUUCCUGAAUUUGAGGAGACAUCUCUUAAGUGAAUUCAUGUAUUUUUUAGGAAAAAGUUGUUUUCCAUACUUGAUGUAGUAUCAUUUCCAAACCUGAAAAAUGAGGAAAGGUUGUUUUGAAGAUAAAUGCCUGUAGUUGCUACUGACCUACUAAUAGGGAUUUGUCAACAAUAUAGCAGAGUGAUAGGCAAAAUAUUUAUGUAUAUAUUUUUAAAGAAGCAAGUUUUGUUUAGGUUCUGACUUUUAAGAAACUGACCUUACAAAAAAGGAUUCUAGAAGUUUUAGGAAUGCAUGGAAAAUACUCAAAUCUUUCUCUCAUCUGCACCAAAAAGUUUGUGGCUCAUGAAUAUCAUUUUAUAAUAACUUAUUAAUAAAAUAAUUUCUAAUACAUCUUACUGACUCUUCUUAGUUGAACAAAUAACUGACUUGAACAUCUAUGCAAACUUAAAAUGUGGGGGUUCUUUGAAAGGUAGUAUUGUUUUUAAAGUUUUGUAAAAAUGAAAAGUAGUGAGAAUUUCAAUUUGGGUUUAAAUAACUUCCAAUAUUUGAUAUUUGUUGAACUCUGCUAUGGUUAGUCAAAAAUGGAUAAAGAAAAGUGAAAAGUAAGUCAGCGCCUGGUCACCUCCUCCUUUUCCAAUAUAAAAGGAAAGAAAUUUAUCAUGACCACUUUGUUGGUUUUGAAUUGAUUUGAGGGCACGGUUUUUUAUUGCUUAUUACUUUAGACCUGUAGUUCUCAACACUGACAGCACUUUACAAAUCUUUGCCUGGGCCCCAUUUUAGAGAUGCUCAAUUAUUCUGAGGUGGCCCUUAGAUAUUACUAUUUUUUUAAACACAACUUUCUUUCCUCCAUUUCUUUAAUGUGCAUACAGGGUUGAGAACCACUAGAUCAAUGUUAGUAUUCCUGUUUAAAGGAAAUUACUAAUUUGAACUGAAGCAAUGCCUGUUAAUUAGCUUUGUUUUCAUUAUUCUCCAUUGAUGACUUUGUCACAAGUAAUUUAACACUUUUCAUUGUUAAAAAAAAAAAGCAAUUUGUUUUGUAGUUAAGUAUCAAUGACUAAGUUAAUUAACAUUUGUACUGCAUCCAGAAUGUUGGCUUUGUAAUUUAGUAACUUGUCCUUACUUGUAUAUUUUUUUGUUGGUGAUGACAGUAAAUCCAAAAUUCAGAAAAGGUAGUAAAUGCUAGAGGGAAAAUUUUUGACAUUUUGUAUGUACUGCAAUAUGUAAAUAUGGGUUGACAAUAAGAACAGAAGACAGUGUCUGUCAUUGUGGUUAGAAAUGGUUUUAAAGACUGUACUGCCACUUUCUACCUAUGUAGCAUUAAACAAGUUAUUUUUCAUCUCUAAGCCUCAGGUUUCUAACCUGUAAAAUGAGAAAUAAUAAAUAGUAUCUACCUCGUACUGCUUAUUGUCAAGCAAUGUUCUAAGUACUUUCCAUGAAUCAUCUUGUUUGAUUUUCAACCUUAUCUUAAGGUAGAUUGAAAAGAUCAUUAGAAUAAUGGUAGUUUGUUCAUUUCACUUGUACUGUUAUUCAAAGUUUGGUAAGAAGUGAAAUUGUGGAAAAAAAUAAAACGGGAAGUUUUUUUCCCUUUUGUUUAACUCUGAGUGUAGGAAAAUGUAUCUAUUUUGCCAACUAUUGUAUUCCUAAUGCCCAAAACAGUGUCAGGCACAUAGUAGACCAUAUUAUUCUAUUAGCAAAUGGACUUUCUUAUCUGUUAAUAUAAAGUGUUGCCAAUAAGUUUGCUUCUUUGAAUAUAUCUUACAAAACUAGGUUAUUUGCCCAAAGAUGUGUAUAUAAAAAGUUUGGUUUUUUUUUUUUUUUUUGGUCAGGAGAGAUCAAAUAGUAAAGUGUUAAAAAUAAUCUAAAUUCUGCAUGAUGGUAGGAAAAAAAUCCCUAUGAUGGGAUUCUGUCAUUUGAAAUGUACUGACUGGAAAGAGCUUCAAGAAAUAUUUUGUAGAUGAUAAGAACAAUUUCAGAGUAAUACAUAGUGAAUUCAUUAAAAUAUGCACACAAAAUAAGACAGAAGGAACAUAAUAAAUUAACUCUAGAAAAAAGUUGACAUUUCUGAGGAUAAUGGGAUAAGGAGUACUUUCACAUUUCUAUAAACUUUUGUGCCAUUUUAGCAGCUUUGUUGACUUGUGGUUAAUAUGCAAUUCACCCAUUUGAAGUGUAUAAUCCAAUGGCUCUUAGUAUAUUUAGGUAUCUAACCAUUAGGGUCAAUUCUAGAGCAUUUUCAUCACAUAAUAAAUUUUAUAACUAUUAGUAGCCAUUCCACAUACCUUCCAGCUCCACUUGUUGGCCCAAGGCAAUUACCUACUUUCUAUAUUUUUAAAUUGUUUUUAUGGCUAAAUGGAGUCCUGUUGUAUAUAUAUGGUUGAUUUUUAUAUCUUCAUUUUUGUGACUAGUGCUACAAUAAACACAAGACUGUAGAUAUCAUUAGCAUACUGAUUAUUUUUCCUUUGGAUGUGUAACCAGUAGUGGGAUUGCUAGAACAUAAGAUAGUUCAAUUUUUUCCACAUUUUUUAUUGGUGCACAAUAGUUGUACAUAAUGGUGGAAUUUGUUGUUGCAUACUUGUACAUACAUAUUAUAUAGUGUAUGUAUAAUGUAUACAAUAUCAUUCUCCAGUAUUUCUUCUUUUCCCUCCAAUUUUCUCUCACUCUGGUCUCUUGUACUUUAAUCUCCCAUUUUUAUGAGAUCCCUCCCCCAUUUUACUUCUUUUUCUUCUUUAGUGUCCACAUGAGAGAAAACAUGACCCUUGACCUGAGUUUGCUUAAUGUUCUAAAGUAUAUCCAUUUUCCUGCAAAAAGCCAUAAUAAUUUUUUAGUUGUAUAUGGGCACAUUACUUUUAUUUAUUUAUUUUAUGUGGUACUGAGGUUCGAACCCAGUGCCUCACACAUGCUAGGCAAGUGCUCUACCACUGAGCUACAAUCCCAGCCCCAUAAUUUUAUUCUUUAUAGCUGAAUAAAACUUUUGUGUAUAUAUACCACAUGUUCUUCAUGCAUUGAUGGACAACUAGGGAGGUUCAAUAGUUUGUUAUGAAUUGCUGCACUGAACAUAGGUGUGCCUCUAUCACUAUAGAAUGAUGACUUCAAGUUUUUAGGAUAAAUGCUGAGAAUUGGUAUAACUGGGUUGUAUGGUGGUUCUAUUCCUAGUCUUUUCAGGAAACUCCAUAGUGGUUAUACAUAAUGUACAGUCCCACCAGAAAUGUAAUAAAUGUCUCUUUCUCUAUAUCA